UUUGUCCUAUCGUUCUGGAAAGAUUUUUUAGUUUCCAAGUGUUUUCUUAUCUUUCAAUGUUGUACAUAUUUAAAUAAUACUAAAAAUGGCAACUGUAUUUCAUCUAAGAAACACGUCGUUUAGUCGUAACUAAUUGAUUAUACAUUCAAAAAGAGCGAUAAUCAGCUCCGACCUGAGAUUCUGUCAAAAGUAAAAGCAUUUAAAAGCAUUUCUGUGUCAAUCACGUAAGAAACAUAUGAUUGCAUGAAAAAAAAAUCAAUAUAAAACAUGUGAAAGAACUUUCCUUCUUCAAAUUGUUCGAAAAUGUUGUCUGAAAUAUUAGCGGCCAGUUUAUUAACUUUAACUUCCCUUGUGUACCUCUACUACCGUUGGUGUUUCCGUUAUUGGAAGAACAGGGGCGUUUACACCCUAACCCCCAGUAUACCGUUCGGCAAUGGCGCCAACAAAAUCCUGAGCAGAACUUGCUUCGCCCUCGACCUUAAGGAUUACUAUUUCAUCCUUAAAAACAAAGGACUGCGCUAUGGCGGUCUGUAUUUCGGCACGUCUCCCUUAUUUUUUGUGACUGAUUUGGACCUGAUCAAAGAUAUGUUGACGACGAAUUUUCAACACUUCACAGACCAUCCGUUUUUUGUAGACGAAAAGUCCGAUCCGCUGUCAGGCCAUUUGCUAUUCUUGAAAGGGGAAAAAUGGAAGAAAUUCAGGGCAAAGCUGAGCCCCAGUUUCACGUCAAGCAAAAUCAAAAUGAUGUUCGAAAACAUAAGAAAGUGCGCAAGGGGAUUGGAAGAUCUAAUCGAAGAGACCAUUGCCAAAAACGAAAUUUUUAACGCGAGAGACGCCAUGAACAGAUUCACCACGGAUGUAAUAGGGUCCUGCGGGUUCGGCAUAGAAAUCAAUUCCCUCAAAAACCCGAACAACGAAUUCAGAAAGCACGGGGACCAGAUAUUCACGCCCAGUUUCAAACGGGAAUUUUUCAUAUCGAUUGCCACUUACGUCCCCAAGCUCAUGAACUACCUGAUCAUUAAUCUUCACGAUAAGGGGCAGAUAAAUUUCUUCUUCAAUACCACGAAAGAAACGGUGGAAUACAGAGAGAAACACAAUUACGUCAGAAAGGACUUCUUGCAACAGCUCAUACAGCUCAAGAAGGCGGACAACGAGGUUACGAUGGCCGACAUCGCUUCAAACAUUUAUGUUUUCUUCCUUGCCGGAUACGAAACGUCCGCAACGACAACGACUUUUCUUCUUUACGAACUGGCCGCCAACAAAAAUAUACAAGGAAAAGUAAGGGAAGAAGUACGUUACGUACUGGAUAAAUACAACGGAGAAAUAACAUACGAAGCAUUGAUGGAGAUGGCAUAUUUGGACAAAUGUGUACAAGAAACGCUGAGAAAAUAUCCAGCAUUCCCUAUAUUAAAUAGGAUCUGUACCAAAACCUACAAGGUGCCAGAGAGCGAUUUGGUAAUUGAAAAAGGCACGGUGGUACUAAUUUGCCUUUUUGGUAUACAAAGUGACCCCGAAUAUUAUCCGGACCCCCAGGUUUUCGACCCGGAAAGGUUUUCUGAAGAAGCCAAAAGCACCAGGGAUAAUUUUACUUGGUUACCAUUCGGCGAAGGACCACGCAUUUGCAUAGGUUUAAAACUGGGAGUUAUACAAAUCAAAAUGGCCAUAGCAUCUCUUAUAAGGAGUUACAAAUUUAGUGUGAAUUCCAAAACCCAAAUCCCAAUGAAAUUUAACGAAAAGGGGUUCAGUUUGACGGCAAAGGGCGGCAUUUGGCUCAACGCUGAAAAAUGUUAAUUGUAUCUAUUUAUGAAAAAAGUUGAUAAUGUUCCUAGAAAAUAUUACAAACAAUUAAAUAGUUUAUUUGUUGAAUAAAAUAUGUAACAAAACA